GGAAAAUUUUAUUCGUUGCCGUCUCCACGGGAGGCGGACCGGACAGUGAGUCCGCGACCGUAAUUUGACUCUCAGAACUCUCCGACUCACAGAGUCACAGUCACAGGCUCAGCCAACAUAAGGGAACCGGGGUUCCAAACAGUUGCUGCAGCCUAGCACGGGCCGCGCGACUGCCGGAGGCGAUGGAGGCGCCGGCACCUUGGAGAGUGCUCGAGUUCUACAGCGGCAUCGGAGGCCUGAGGUACUCGCUGAUGGCGUCGGGCGUGCGGGCGGAGGUGGUGGAAGCCUUCGACAUCAACGACGUCGCCAAUGACGUCUAUGAGCACAACUUCGGCCACCGCCCCUGCCAGGGGAACAUUCAAACGCUCACUGCUAGUGACUUAGACAAAUACAAGGCACAUGCAUGGCUUCUUUCUCCUCCAUGCCAGCCAUACACACGACAAGGACUUCAGAAGCAUUCAGCUGAUGCUCGUGCAUUUUCGUUCAUCAAGAUUCUUAACCUCAUGCAAGACAUGAGCUAUCCUCCACAAAUGUUAUUUGUGGAAAACGUAGUUGGAUUUGAGGUGUCUGAUACACAUGACCAGUUGCUGGAGGUCCUUUCAAGUCUCAAUUUUAACACGCAAGAAUUCAUCCUAAGCCCCUUACAGUUUGGUGUCCCAUAUUCUAGACCUCGCUACUUCUGUUUGGCGAAACGUGAACCUGUGCGGUUUCGACAUGCAUUCGUCAACAAUAAGUUGCUCCAGACACCUAUGUGCCUGAGCCUGACACUGAGCAGUACAUCACAGGGUAGCGACCACCAGACUGAAGAAGAGCUAGAGCCAGUUUGUAAGCCAAUAAAAGAUUUCCUUGUCAAGGAGGCUGAUGGAGGCACUCCAGAUGAGACAGUUUUGCAGGAUUAUAUGGUCCCAGUAAACUUGAUUGAGCGGUGGGGCAAUGCUAUGGAUAUUGUAUACCCUGAAUUUAAGCGGUGCUGCUGUUUCACUAAAAGCUACUAUCGUUAUGUGAAGGGGACAGGCUCUUUGUUGGCUACAUCUAAAAACCUCAAUGUUCCUGAAGAGAAGCUCCAAAUUUCUUCCCUGAAGGAGUUGGGCCUACGAUUUUUCACCCCUCGUGAGGUUGCCAAUUUCCAUUCCUUCCCUUCAAAUUUCUGCUUCCCGGAUCACAUAAGCCUUAGGCAACAGUGAGUUUAAGUUCCAUUAUACACUUCUGGUUAUCUUUAGUAAGCGACAAGGGCAUUUGAAUUGCAGUACAUAUAAGAAACAUGAGAGAUGAGGCUAUGCUGGGUAUGCUAUGCUGGGUAACAGUCUGAGUAUAGCAGUUGUGGGUCCUUUGCUGCAUUAUCUCUUUGCUGAGGCCUGAGUCAUAGAGAAGUCCAGUCAGCCCUGGUGACAUUAGCAUGGCACAAACACUGUGGCUGCGAUCUGCCAAAAUUUCUUCAUACGUGAUUUAAGCAAGGUUGGUAUUUAAGUAUGGUUUUGGGGACUACAGUUUGGCCAUUUGAUGAGCACACCGUGUAGGCACAACCUCACAAUGUAUCAACAAAAGUGUACCAUACAGUAGAGAAGCUGUUUCUGCGCAUACUUCCUCCCCCUCAUGCCUAUGCUGUCAUGGUGAAUGAAUUUUGGAAUUGUGAUCCGUUGAUGUGUGCAUGGAUGAGGCUGUCGUAACGAUUGUUGAUCUGAGCUUUAAGUAACUUGGAACCUACUUACUCCGAGCAAUUCCAAUUCUAUUCUUAGCUAACCCAUUUAAAGUUUGACAAUAUUUAUGAUGUAAAAUAUGUAUAGCAAGUAUAAAAUAUACUCAAUGAAGAAUCUAUAUCAUAAAUAUUGACACUUUUUUUAUAUAAACAUCGUGAAACUCAA